GAUUCAAAAAACUGAUGUUUUGAGAUGUAGGAAGGGUUAGAGAAACAUGUCUCAGUCUCAUGAAAAAACUCUGAUACUCAUCCAAAAAAUGGUGAAAGUGCCUCCACCAAAAGCACUUUUGUUGUUCAAUUCCUGGACCUACGAGGGCCUUCAUCACACUCCUCACUCUAUCUCUUUCAUCUUGAACCAUCUCCUAUCCCAUGACAUGCUACCCCAAGCUCAAUCUCUUAUCUUGCGUCUUAUCUCUGGUCGAAUCCCCUUGUAUACAUUCUCUCCCUCGUCCUUGAUACCUCAACUAACACAAGCCCUUUUCACCUCUUCUUCAACUUAUGCUCCUCUCUAUGAAGCCAUCGUCAAUGCUUAUGUUCAUUCUCACUCCCCUCACCAGGCCCUCACUUUUCUACACCAGAUGAUUCACAAGGGUCAUCUUCCUACAUCAAACACCUUCAACAAUCUUUUGUGCUCACUCAUUAGGUCAAACCUUUUCGAUAAAGCUUGGUGGGUUUUUAACCAAUUGAAGAUUAGAGUUGUUAUGGAUGUCUACAGUUUUGGGAUUAUGAUCAAGGGUUGUUGUGAAGUUGGUGACUUGAUGAAAGGGUUUCGGCUUGUGACCAUGUUGGAGGAGUUUGGUUUGUCUCCUAAUGUUGUUAUAUACACGACGUUGAUUGAUGGGUGCUGCAAGAAUGGAGAUGUUAUGCUGGCGAAGAAGUUGUUUUGCAAGAUGGAUAGGUUGGGUGUAGUUGCUAAUCAACAUACUUAUAGUGUCUUAAUGAACGGGUUUUUCAAGCAAGGACUGCAAAGGGAAGGGUUUCAGAUGUAUGAGAAUAUGAAGCAUAGUGGAAUUGUGCCAAAUGUUUAUUCCUACAACUGUGUGAUUAGAGAAUAUUGUAAUGGUGGGAUGGUGGAUAAAGCUUUUAAGGUGUUUGGUGAAAUGCGUGAGAGAGGUGUUACAUGUGGGGUUAUGACAUAUAACAUUUUAAUAGGUGGGCUGUGUCGAGGGAAGAAGCUUGGGGAAGCAAUAAAGUUGGUUCAUCGAUUCGGCAAAGUUGGACUUAGUCCAAACAUUGUUACAUACAAUAUACUGAUCAAUGGGUUUUGUGGUGUUGGAAAAAUAGACACUGCUGUUAGAUUAUUCAGUCAAUUGAAGUCAAAUGGACUUUCACCAACUUUAGUAACCUAUAAUACUCUGAUUGCAGGGUAUUGUAAGGUUGAGAAUUUAGCAGGAGCUCUUAGCUUGGUCAAGGAAAUGGAAGAGAGAGGUGUUGCUCCUUCCAAAGUGACAUAUACGAUUCUGAUUGAUGCUUUUGCAAGACUAAAUUAUAUGGAAAAAGCACGCGAAUUGCAUGCUUUAAUGGAGAAGUCUGGUUUGGUUUCAGACGUACACACAUAUAGUGUCCUAAUACAUGGGUUAUGUAUAACUGGUAACAUGAAAGAAGCCUCAAAACUAUUCAAAUCGUUGGGGGAGCUGCAUUUCGAACCAAAUAAUGUUAUAUAUAAUACGAUGAUUCAUGGUUACUGCAAAGAAGGAAGCUCUUACAGGGCUUUUAGGCUACUCAAUGAAAUGGUUGACAAUGGAAUGGUCCCUAAUGUGGCCAGUUUUUGUUCAACCAUAGGGCUUCUUUGCAAUGAUGGAAAAUGGAAGGAAGCAGAGCUUCUCUUAGAAAAGAUGAUAAAUUCAGGACUAAAGCCAACGGUUUCUUUGUACAAUAUGGUUUACAAAGAAAAGAUCAACGUUUAGAAUGCCGAAUAUGGUUCGGAUCGUCAUGGCCUAUCCCCGAAGGCCACUUCUUUAACUGGGUUAGUAAUGAGAUAGUGCUGUGUACUCUUUUAUAGCAGGCUAAACUUUCUACACCCCGCAAAUGUAUUCAUUCAUCUUGGAAUGUAUCUUUUACAUUUAAAAGAAGUUCAUUUCGAAAUAACCGAAAAUACUCAAAGGAUUGAUAGGGCGCUGGAAGAAACACCCUUUAUAGCGUGUCAGCCAUAGCCAAAGCCCCUCAUCUUGCCAAUUAAGAAAGACCCAGCAACCAAUAUGUCCUACACCACAAUUGGCCUAGGAACUCCCUAAUACAACACGGAUGGAUACUAAUAUACUAUAUACUAUAAAACACUUCAUUUGCAGUGCUUGUUUAUCCCCUUCCUUUUGUUUGUAUACUAAUAUACUAUAUACUAUACAACACUUUCAGCUCCUCUUAAGCAUAUUUAUUAUUGGUUUGAUUUAAAGUUUCAAACAUGAUCAAGUUAGUUAUGAAACUCAGAAUGUACCCUUUUCUUUAAUCCCACAGCUAAAGUCGUGGUUGAACUUGCAAAAUCCAGACUAAUCCAAGCUGCUGUGCUUUUACAGCCAUCAUUUGUCUCUGUGGAUGACUUCAAGGGUGUUGAUAUUCCAACUGCUGUACUAGGAGCUGAGACUGACAAAAUGUCUCCUCCAGAGCUUGUGAAAAAGUUUGAACAAGUCCUAUCUGCUAAACCCGGGGUUGAUUCUUUUGUUAAAAUAUUUCAUAAAGUCUCUCAUGGUUGGACUGAGGUACAAAAACGAAGAUGAAAUAGCUGUUUAGGCUGCAGAGGAAGCCCAUCAGGACUUGCUGAACUGGUUUGCCAAACAUCUUAAGUGAGAAAUCUUGCUUUCAAGCUUACCUGGACAAGUGGUCAAAGAACUCUAAGAGGCAAAUUUGAGAAGUUGGCUGACUUGUUACCUGAAAAAACUGAAGCAGAAGUACACUGUGAGGACUGAUUGCAGGGGAAGCUAACUUGUUCUUGGCAGUAUUUUAGGUAGUUGAUGAGGUAUUUAAGUAGUUAGCUAUGUAAGGACCGUAAUAGAGGUAUUAGAAAUGUGACACUACAGAUUUAGACACUUUUACAUUCUGCAUUUUACGGCUUUUCUUAGAGUAGAACGUUUUCUCUCAAGUUCUUCAUUGCCAUGACUACAAAGUGACUACAUUGUUUUGCAUUAGUUCAGUAGGUCUUAUAUUUUUAGAGCUAAUCUCCACACGUUAAGCAUUUUUAA